AUGCUGAGGAAGGGCUCGGAGGUGGUGAGGGGUGACAGAGAAGUCCUCCUGGAUCUGGACUAUGGGGGUGAAGCACAAACCACGGAGAGCUAUGGGAGUCUGCACAACGGGGGCUUCAUCCCACCGAGAUAUCUUUCAGCUGCAGCUGCAGAUGACAAUGAAGAUAUGGCUGGUGGUGAUGAUCCCAUUUAUAUUCACUGUAAUACAAGAAGUAACCAGCCCCUUCCACAGCUGGGGAACUACUUCAGAGAUGGAAGAACUAAAAUUGACUUUGUACUGGUGUGGGAGGUCCGCUCGAGGAGGAAGCGGCGAGGGAAGGGGACGAGUGAGGCGCCCAGCGAGGAGGGGGGAGCUGUGGCCACGGAGGAGAGCAGCAGGUCCGAGCGGAGGAAGGCACAGUUGGCACAGUGGAGGGAGAAGUUUGUCCAGAAUCUGACGAGUGUUGGACUGCUGAUGGAGAAGGAGGAAACAGCGAAUGAAAAGAAAACGAUUCACUUUCUGAAACUCAGUGCUCCCUGGGAUGUGAUGGUGUAUUACGCUGAGGAACUCUGUCUGAGAGCUCCGCUGCAGGCGCAGCCACAUCUGGACUUAAACACAUCUGCUCAGGUCCUGAGUAGACUAUGCAUUCCUAAUGUAAUGACUGAGGCGGUGCCAAACAGGCCUCUGGACUAUUACACAUGUGCCUUUCGCAAGUCAAAGAUGAACAGAUUCCUUGGCUGUGACGAACAUGAAACCUACUUCACUAACACACAGAGACACCGUGUCGUGUACGAGAUCCUCGCCAGGACGGUUUACGGCAGAAAGAAGAGGGCAGAAGUAGGUGUGGACAGACUGAUAAAUGAAGGGGCGUACACUGCAGCUUUCCCCCUGCAUGAGGGCCCUUUUCAGCUCCCGAAGUUUGAGAUCCGUCCUGACGAGCUGAAUCAGAGGCAGGUUCUUUACCACUACUGGGCCCGCUGGUGGAGAUGGUACAAGUACCAACCACUGGACCACAUCAGGGAGUACUUUGGGGAGAAGAUUGCACUGUACUUCGCCUGGCUGGGUUUCUACACAGCGUGGCUGCUGCCGGCGGCUGUGGUGGGAACCCUGGUCUUUGUGUCUGGAGUCAUGUCCAUGCAUACCAACGCACCGGCGAAAGAAAUCUGCACCAACGGCGCCUCUUACCUGAUGUGUCCUCUCUGUAACACAUGCAAGGCCUGGAACAUGUCUGAGAUCUGCACCAUGGCUCAGUUGGGAUACCUGUUCGACCACCCAGGUACAGUCCUCUUCAGUGUGUUCAUGUCCUUCUGGGCCGUGACCUUCCUGGAGUACUGGAAGAGAAAGAUGGCCACCCUGGCCCAUCACUGGGACUGCAUGGACUUCCACGAAGAAGAGGAACGUCCUCGGCCAGAGUUCGCAGCCAUGGCCCCGACGAUGGAGCAGAAUCCAGUGACCGGGGUCAAAGAGCCCUACUUCCCUGAGAAGACCAGGCUGUCCCGCAUGUUCACCGGCUCCAUGGUCAUCAUCAUGAUGCUCUGUGUGGUGAUGAUCUUCCUGGUGACGGUGGUCAUGUGCCGCGGUAUCAUCAGCGUGAUGAUGUUUCAUACCGGGAGCCCCGUCCUGCGAACAGAGGCAGGGACCAUCGCCAACAUCUCCAGCAGUAUUGUGAAUCUGGGCCUCAUCCUGUUGAUGGGCCGGGUCUACACUGCAUUAGCUGAGCAGCUCACUAAAUGGGAGAUGCACAGAACACAAACCCAGUAUGACAACGCCUUCAUCUUCAAGGUGUUCAUCUUCCAGUUUGUCAACUUCUACUCUUCUCCUUUCUAUGUGGCUUUCUUCAAAGGAAGGUUUGUGGGUUAUCCCACCAACUAUGGGACCUUGUUUGGGAUGAGAAAUGAAGAUUGUGGUCCAGGUGGUUGUCUCAUCGAACUGGCCGAACAACUCUUCAUCAUCAUGGUGGGAAAGCAACUCAUCAACAACAUUCAGGAGUUCAUUAUCCCGAAAGUGAAGGCCUGGCGCCAGAAGAGAACUCUGGCCAAGGUGCUGGGGGACAAGGCGUCCCGGGAGCCUCGGCGGUGGGAGGAAGACUACCAGCUGGUGGAAUGUGAAGGCCUCUUUGAGGAGUAUCUGGAGAUGGUGCUCCAGUUCGGGUUCAUCACCAUCUUCGUGGCGGCGUUCCCCCUCGCCCCGCUCUUCGCCCUCCUCAACAACUGGGUGGAAAUCCGUCUGGACGCCCACAAGUUUGUGUGCGAGUACCGGAGGCCGGUGGCCGAGCGCGCCCAGAACAUCGGAGUCUGGUUCAACAUACUGGAAGCCCUGUCGCACCUGUCCGUCAUCGCCAAUGCUUUUCUGAUCGCGUUCACGUCCGAUUUUUUACCUCGACUGCUCUACCAGUACAAGUUCAAUAAUGAUCUCAACGGAUACGUCAACUUUACCUUGGCCCACGCCCCCCUUAACUACACUGAGUACCCCAUGUGCAGAUAUAAAGCUUACAGAGACAACAAUGGAAACUACACACUGUUCUACUGGGAGCUCCUUGCUGUCAGACUCGGCUUCAUCAUUGCCUUUGAGCAUUUGGUGUUCUUCGUGCUGCGAGCCAUCGACUGGAUCGUACCUGACGUCCCCGAGUCCCUGGAGCUGAAGAUCAAGAGGGAGCGCUACCUGGCCAAGCAAGCUCUGGCUGAAAACCAAGAGGCCCUGUUGCAAGUGACGCGUCCUUUGGAAACAUGAGUUAGG